UUACCAAGAGUCACUGGACGCGAUCAGUCAUGCUGACCUUUGCUUUUAUUUUGCUACUUUUUGGCACGAGCCAGGCCCGGGGAAAGUCCGACGAAAGUUACGAUUUCGUCAAACAGUCAACAAACUUUUCGCUCAACUUUUAUCGACAUUCGUUCAAUCCGGACGAGAAUGCGAUCCAGUCACCGGUGUCGGUUCAGGCCACACUUUCGCUCUUGUAUCACGUAGCUAGUAAUAGUACCGCUGCUGACAUGCAAGCGAUUCUCGGGUUGCCCGCUGCGAAGAAAAAACCUAUUCCGAGUCUGGUAGAGUUCCUCAACAGCACUGGUGGCAGUGACAGCGUCCUCAGGAUGGUCGCCAAAGUGUACCACAGCCCGGAAGACCUGAAUACAAAGUUUCUUCCGCUUUUGCAAGAUUCCUACAAGGUCGAGGUUGAAGAAGCAGAUUUUAAGCAGAAACAAAAGGUAGUGGAUUCGGUGAAUCGGUGGGUCAAUAGCUCUACCAAUGGAUUGAUCCCGGAUUUGAUCACGGCCAGCGAUUUGAAGGACAACGAUCGUUUGAUCCUGUUGAACGCGAUCACCUUGGACGCCAAGUGGGAACAUCCGUUUCCGAAGAGUUCUGCCAGGAAAACGUUCCAUUUUGUGGACGGCGAUCAUGACGUUGACAUCAUGUCCAUGGAUGAGGAGGUCUCGUGCGGUAACUUAGGUGAUUUAAACUUGCUGGAAUUACCGUAUGAAAGUGAGACGGAUUUGUCGAUGUUGUUUGUGAUGCCGAAGAACGGGUCGUUACAAGAUUUGGUCAACCAACUCACGUUGGAGUUCUACGAAAGGCUAAAUAGUGCACUUAAGCUUGAAUACGGAACGGUUGAGAUUCCCAAAUUUUCGAUCCAAUCCAAAGUCAAAGCCAAGGACGUGCUGCAAUCCAUGGGAUUGGGAUCGGCCUUCGAGGUGAAGGCAUUCAAAGUAUUCGCUCGGAAGCCAGCUCAGCUUUCCGAGUUGCGCCAGAAGGCAGUGAUUAAUGUGUUCGAAACUGGAACCACAGCAGCUGCCGUUACUGAAGGCCAGCUGGCAUUUCACACAAUUCCAUUGGAACUUUUCAUCGGAAAUCGUCCCUUCAUCUACUUGAUUCGCAGAACUUCAACGAAGGAGAUUUUCUUCAUCGGACAUUACUCUCACUAUAAGCAGUAAAUUAAUACCAACAAUUACUGAAUAAUAUUAAUCAACAUAUCCAAUAAACAAACUGGCAGCACUGCCAACCUCA